UGCCCCGCAUGUGGGAAUGUUUUAAAAUGGUGCCCGAAAGAGUCUAAUUACAUUUGCAACCUACAUCAGACUCCACUCUAUCACCGCUCCCUUUCUCUCCCUCUCUCUCUCAUUCACUCACUCACUCACGACUACACAAUAAAUGGAUCUUUGCGAAAAAAAUGCAAGAGAGACGUGCGAUAGAAGAGGGGAGGAGGAGGAGAAGAGAAAGAGCAAGGGAGGGGGAAACGGCGUAUGCUUGUAUACAACAACCCCGAUUUCCAUUUUUUUCCCUAACUCGUAAUGUAUUUAAUUCAAGUGAAACGUAAUCAUGACGUGUCUUGUCAUUAAUCUCAUCGUCGCCUCUCCCGGAAUUCAAAGAGGUGGUCACAGAGAUCACCAUCCUAGAAGAGUAUCCUUGCUCAACCUGACAACCGGAGCAUGGCUUACACUCUUAACUGAGUAUGGAUUCGCCUCCGGAGUGUGUGCUGGCUCUGUCCUGUGAGCCCCCCCUCUCUCCUCCGGCGAUGCCCUCCCUGGACCACAGCCCGCUAGCCCAUGAAGAGUCCAGCCACUGAUCCUCCACCGCCCCAGCCCACCCAAGCCCCAAGGGCUGGCUCUCUCUCGCCCUUCCCUUGCCUCCGCAACCACCAGCUGGGCCUGGCUGGCCCGGUCAGCGGGAAGGCAACCCGAGGACGAAAGGUGGUGGGGGGCUGGACGAGGAGGAAGAGGAAGAGGAGGAGGAAGAGGAGAUGUCCGCGCCACCUUCUCCCACGCCGGCUGUGGCGCUGUUCCCCGGGGAGGGGGCCAGUGCGGUCGCAGGGCCCCCCCCACCGAGGGAGUCCCCCCCGGGCACUCCGCCAUCCGUUUCCUCCGUGGCCCGAGGCCGUGUGGCUGGAGAUGGCCCUACCGGCUGGCGUCGCCGGCGGCCGGCGGGGGGGGCUCCCGAGGGAGGGGCAGCGGCGCCCCGCCCGGUGAAGCUUGACCUGCAGCUGUUCCGUCGGGACGGCGCGGUGACGUCUACUGCGGCAGUGCCCUCCGCAACGCCAGGGGGCGCCGCGCUGCGCUUCCCGUGCGGCGUGUGCGGCAAGCGCUUCCGUUUCCAGAGCAUCCUGUCGCUGCACGCCCGCGCCCACCGACUGGACCGCCAGCGCCGGGCCACCGUGCUCUACCAUGCCGGACGAGACGCCUGCAAGCCGACCGCCGGGCAGGACAAACCCGCCCAAGGCGGGUGGUGGCGGCCGGGGUGUGCCGUGGAUCAAAGUCUCAAGCAGACUCUGGAUGGACAUCUAGAUGGAAGUCUAGAUGGACGAAGCCCUGAUGCUUGUCUGGACAUCAGUCUGGACAUCAGUCCAGACCGAAGGAGGAACAGAAGGAAAAGAACUAUGGAUCGAAAACUAGAGCCACGUCUGGACCACAGAGUGACCAGUCCAGAACCGAGUUUGGAGUUGAGCCCAGUCGAGACAAUCCACCAUGAAGAUUCCCUCCAGACUGCCUUCAGCCCUCACUUCCUGUCUGACCCCUUUCAGAACCCCUCCCUAACCCCUCCCCCGACCAAAGAGGCACCAAUCACAGCUGCCUUCACCCCGUUGCUCCCCUCCCACUUGGAAGACCCCGCCCAGAUGACAAUGGCCGCCACUGCUGCCGCGGCAACAGCAGCCGCCACUUCCUUCCGUUGCAACGAGUGCAAAGGAAAGUUCCGCACAGCGUCCGAGCUGGCGCGUCACACGCGCAUCCUGCACAACCCCUACAAGUGCACGCUGUGCCCCUUCUCUGCCAGCCAGGAGGAGCGCCUUGCCGCCCAUCUCCUGGACAGCCACCCGGCUCCCUCCACCAAACCACGCGACCACCAUGUGGCCCAACCUACGCCAAGGACAACAUCAACGCUCCCCUUCUCCCCCCAGCAGACUCGAGAGAAUCCCACCCCGCCCAACACGCCUGUCGCCAUCACGGCUCUCAACGCCAGUCCCAACGCUGGCACCAAGGCCAGUGCCAAGGCUAGUGCCAACGUCAGUGCUGUCAUCUCCCAGGGCAGUGGGGCUGCCCCGCUGCCCGCCUUCCGGUGCGAGACGUGCGGUCAGCGCUUCACACAGUCCUGGUUCCUGAAGGGUCACAUGCGCAAGCACAAGGACUCGUUGGAUCACAAGUGCCAGGUGUGCGGCCGCGGCUUCAAAGAGCCUUGGUUCCUCAAGAACCACAUGAAGGUGCAUCUCAACAAGCUGGGCCUGAAGGCCGGCCUAGCCGGGCUGGGCCUCGGACCCACGCCGGGGGUGGCCGAUGGGCCGACAGGCAAGUCCUCCGGUGGGGGUGGGGGGAACAGGGGCAGGAAUCAGUCCCUGAGCGCCCUCUACUCCAGCCUCCUGCUGGCUCGCACCGGUGGAGGGGGUGGCACUUUUGGAGGUGGAGCAGGUGGUGGAGCAGGGUCUGGAAGCCGGGCAGAACGCGAGCUGGCUGCGGCUGUGGCGGCGGCCGCCGCCGGUUCCGGCUCUGGCAAGGCCUCCCUCCUGAGCUACCUGGGCCUGCCGGGGGCCGAGGGCGCCAGCUGUGUGGAGAGGCUGCAGGCCGUGGCCCAGGUGGCCGAGAUGGGCAACGGCGAGCGCCGCGAGAGGGAGCGCGAGCGGGAGAGAGAAAGAGAGAGGGCCCGGGAAGAGCGCGGAGGCCCCGAGGCGACCCAUGGCACCGGCGGCGACGCAGCAGACCAGGCGGUCAUGUGGCAACUGGUGGCCCGAAGCCUGGCGGCAGCACAGCACAGCCACCAGCAGCAGCAGCAGCAGCAGCAGAAGUCCCGGUCCAGACCCCACCAGCCCCACCAGCCGCUCCCCCAGCCCAGAGGCUCCGUGGCCGGGGAGGCUGAGCAGCUGCGGGCCUACCUGGGGGGCCUGGGAGGCCCCGGGACCACCACGGGCGGCAGUGCUGGGAGGGAGAGGGACGACCACAGCCACAUCUCGGCCGGCUCCGGCUCUUCCGGCCUGGGCGCGUCCGAGGCCUCGCUGGGCGGCCCCUGGGAGUGCCCCGACUGCGGGAAGCUGUUCCGCAGCCUACAGCAGGUGGUGGCCCACGCCCGCGUCCACCUGCAGAGGCCCCACAAGGGCCACCGGCGGGAGGAUGACGGCACUCUCCACGGAGGAGGAGGAGGAGGAGGAGGGGAGGAGGGUGGUGUGCGGAGAGGAGGGAGUAACAGCAGCGGUGGCGGCAGCACCAACAGUAGCAGUGAGAAGCGGACGGAGCCCAAGCUGAGCCAGAGCAGAACCGGGAUGGCAGGAGGGUUCCAUUCCCUCUUAUCGCCUUUCUCCGGUGAAAACGGUCUACAGGGAGCAGCAGCAGGAAGUUCCCUGGCCUCAAGAGAACGUGUGCGGGGCAAGGGCAUGAAAGACUGCCCCUACUGCGGUAAAGCCUUCCGCUCCUCACACCACCUCAAAGUCCACCUCCGCGUCCACACAGGCGAGCGUCCGUACAAGUGCCCCCACUGCGACUACGCCGGGACCCAGUCCGGCUCGCUCAAGUACCAUCUGCAGCGUCACCACCGGGAGCAGCAACGGAACGCCCUGGCGUCGUCCUCGCCGGGACUGCCCACCUCGCCACUUGUGCCACCACCGCGCACCAGCGAGGCCUCGAACUCGCCCAAGCAGCGUCUGGCCCAGUCCUUCGCCCAGCUGGGCGCGUUCGGGAGGUCCGGCGCAGCAGCAGCAGCAGCAGUAGCAGCAACCACGACGACCACCGAUGCUCCGACGGCCACCUCCAGGCACAGCCAGGCCUGGGCACGAGGGAGCCAGGAAGCGAAGGGUCGGAAAGGGUCAGCAGCGGCAGCAGCAGCAGCUACUGCUGCCGCUUUGAGAGAGAGUGACCUGGAGAGCCAAUACUACUUCCUGUCCGGUGUGGUGGGGGCGUUCUACCAGGGCGGGAUGCCCGAGGCCGGCUGGGCGGGCGAACUGGGUGGCAGCGGCGGUGGGCCCCCGCCAGCCAAGGUGCCCAAGGUGUCGCGCCGCAAGCCACUCACGACCAGCCGCAUGGUGCCCGCCAAUGGGCACGGAGGAGGAGGAGGAGGAGGAGGAGGUGGAGGAGGAGGUGGGAUGGCACUGUCGUCCUCGUCCUCUCCCUCUCCGCCGCCACGUGGCCGCACGCUGGAGGGGGGCUUCGAGCCGCUGGACCUGUCAUCUCGACGGAGCGCUCCCGAGUUUGGCGGAGGAGUGCUGGAGAUGGACGGAGGUGAACGGAGGAGGAGGAGGAGGGAGGCAUCGGGAGGAGAGAGAGGACGAGGAGGAGGAGGAGGAGCAGGAGGAGGAGAAGGAGAGGGAGGUGCCGUGACACUCUCCCAGUGUCUCUUCUGUCCGUUCCGAACCUCCUCCGCCGAGCUGAUGGCCAUGCACCUGCAGGUCAACCACACCAGCAAGUCCCGACGCAAGCGCAGCCCCCCACUGGCACUGUCCGCCACUGCCCCUGCCACCUCCCCUGCCCCUCCCUCCGCCACCUCCAGCGCGCCCGCCACGGUCUCCGAAUCCGACCCGCUGGCUCUCUGGAGGUACAUCAGCGGGCAGGACGAGGUGCCAUCUGUGCCCGCCUUUCGGGGAGAUCAGGCAUACUUCAGCACCAGGGCACGGCCAAGGGAGAAUGGCAUGAGCCUGGAGGAGGAGGAGGAGGAGGAGGAGGACGAGGAGGAAGAGGAGGAGGACGAGGAGCAGGAGGAAGAGAGUCUUCUCCAGCGCGAGGUGGAUGAAGACGGAGAUUUGGUGAGUGACGCGUACGAGCCUCCGGUUGGUUCAACUCUCCGCGAGAAAGAGGAAGACAGAGAGAUGGAUGAAGAAGAAGAAGAAGAGGAGGAGGAAGAAGAAGAGGAGGAGGAGGAUGAAGAGAACGAGAGAAAGGGGAGGGAUGAGAGGAGCGAGAGAAUGGAGAGACUGGAGGCUCUCCGCAAGGCUCUCUCUGGGCGUUCUCCAGGGAGCAGGGCUGAGGCCUCACCCAGGAGGGAAGAGGGUUUGGUGGGGGACUGAGGCCCGGGGAGGGGGGCUGACGUGGGUCUGGGC